CACUUUGCUCAUGUCUAAAAUCACAGAUAUUCUCUAAUAUUUCACUUUUGCACUGUUUCUGCAUUGUGUUUAAAAUGAGACAGUAGGUGUGGCAUUGUUUCAGUUUCUGUGUUAAGACCGCUCCCCCACUGAAAUGUGAUCUUUUGGACCCAUCCACUCCUCCUCCUAAAAUAACCCCUUUCCCCUACAGCCAACCAAGACCCAGACACAAGAAAUAAGUCAUACAGUACCACAUUAGCACUUAUAUCACUCUAAAGACAGAGUAGAGCACUGUUGAUGUUGGUGUGCUUGGUGAAUAUGGCAAUAUAAUCUCUGAAGGGCUAGGUAAUCAAUCUGAUGAUCUUUGUGACAUUUUUGAUUAACUUGCUGCAGUCUGUCCCGUCUCUCUGCAAAAAAUCUGUCUUUACUGAUACAGGACUAGGAAAGCAUUUAAGUGAGCAAAGAUGAUGAUGGUGAGCGAUGACUGUCUGGUAGAGUGUAAGAUUGAUGACAGUGAUGAGGAAGAGGUGAACACUCCUCCUCCUCCACCAGAAUUUGCAUCGAAAGCUUCAACUCCAGCUCCAAAAGACCCAACUCCUCCCGCAAAUUCUCCGAGUCCCGCUCCGACCCGACCUGUCAACAGAGACCCACAUGGCAUCAACCAACACCUUAAGGUGGAGGUCAGUGAUGUUCUGGCUGAACCUGCCACUCCUCAUAGUAUAGGUGGUGUGUGGACUUACAGUCUGGUUGGCUUUGAGAGGACUCGCAUCUGGACCUAUCGCUGCCUCUCCUUGCUGUUUGCUGUGCCUCUUGCUUUCCUGUGUGGACUCUUCCUAGCCAUCCUCGCCUGCCUACGCGUCUGGUUCCUGGUUCCCUGCAUACAGCUGAGCAACACCUUCCUGCCCUGCUUGCGCUCCUUGUUUAUAUGUGCUGUGAACGUCUUCAUCUCCCCCUUCUGUAUGUCUCUGGCGCUCUGCUGCACACAGAUCUCUAUCUCACUGUCCAACAAAGACUUGGAUCGAAAGAGAGACAAAGACACUGUGUGAAUGUAAAGAAAAAACAAGGAAUCUUGAUUGAGAAAGUGUGUGAAUGGGAAGUAGAGUGCUUUUAUUUAAAUGCACAUGAUUUUUUUAAUUCUAAGUUUUAAAAUGUUUGCAGUUAUUUUAUUUAAAUAAAUUAUUUUGAUAAGUCUUGUGAAGAAAUCUGUUCUUAAUGUACUGACCCAUUUUAUUCUUUUUUUUAAAUCACUGAUAAAUGUAUGAUUAUAGGCUUUGUAUGAUCUUGAUAGUUUGCAUUUUGAUUUUGUAUUGGUUUAAGGGAAAUAAAUUUUAGCUCCGGUCAAUUUGUAUACACAAACCAACUAGGAAAACUCUCUUUUUGAACAAAAUAGUAAGCCAGGAAAAAGCUACUCCGGCUGUGUUUUACUUACAUAUGAAGUUCGAACUUCAGAUGUAACAUAAGAAUAACGUCAAACUUAACUCAACCAUGUUCCAGCUCCUAGUAAUGUGACUGACUGCUAUUAGCAAAGCAAGGUAAUAAUAUUAGUUUCUGUGUUAUACAUUUUAUCAACAUGUUCACUAGUUUGUGACUUUUA